CCCCCCAGCCCAGCAGGGCCCCAUGGCCUCGGAGAGCGUGAAGGUGGUGGUGCGCUGCCGGCCCAUGAACCAGCGGGAGAAGGAGCUGCACUGCCAGGCCGUGGUGAGCGUGGACUGCGCCCGCGCCCAGUGCUGCCUCCAGAACCCCGGGGCCGCCGACCAGCCCCCCAAACGCUUCACCUUCGACGGGGCCUACCACCUGGACCACUACACCGAGCAGAUCUACAACGAGAUCGCCUACCCGCUCGUGGAGGGCGUGACGGAAGGCUACAAUGGCACCAUCUUCGCCUACGGCCAGACGGGCAGUGGAAAGUCUUUCACCAUGCAAGGCCUCUCGGACCCGGCUUCCCAGAGGGGCGUCAUCCCCAGGGCGUUCGAGCACAUUUUCGAAAGCGUCCAGUGUGCCGAAAACACCAAGUUCUUGGUUAGAGCCUCUUACCUGGAGAUCUACAACGAAGAUAUCCGAGAUCUGCUCGGCGCGGACACGAAGCAGAAGCUGGAGCUGAAGGAACACUCGGAGAAGGGCGUCUACGUCAAGGGCCUGUCCAUGCACACGGUGCACAGCGUGGCGCAGUGCGAGCGCAUCAUGGAGACCGGCUGGAGAAACCGCUCAGUGGGCUAUACGCUGAUGAACAAGGACUCCUCCCGCUCCCACUCCAUCUUCACCAUCAGCAUCGAGAUCUGCUCCGUGGACGAGCGAGGCAAAGACCACCUCCGGGCGGGGAAGCUCAACCUGGUGGACCUGGCCGGCAGCGAGAGGCAGUCGAAAACGGGGGCCACGGGGGAGCGGCUGAAGGAGGCCACCAAGAUCAACCUGUCCCUGUCGGCCCUGGGCAACGUCAUCUCGGCCCUGGUGGACGGCCGGUGCAGGCAUAUCCCCUACCGGGACUCCAAGCUGACCCGGCUGCUGCAGGACUCCCUCGGGGGCAACACCAGGACCCUCAUGGUGGCCUGCCUGUCGCCUGCCGACAACAACUACGACGAGACCCUCAGCACGCUGCGCUACGCCAACCGGGCCAAGAACAUCAAGAAUAAGCCGCAUAUUAACGAGGACCCCAAGGACGCCCUGCUGAGGGAGUAUCAGGAGGAGAUAAAGAAGCUCAAGGCCAUCCUGGCCGAGCAGAUGAACAGCAGUCACCUCUCAGUUCUGCUGUCCAGCCAAGUCCCGGCGAACCCGGCCCAGGCCGAGAUGAAGCCACUUCCCCCGGCGGGCGCUCAGCUGGACACGGAGGCAGAGAAACAGCUGAUUCGCGAGGAGUACGAGCAGCGUCUGGCCCAGCUGAAGGCCGACUACGAGGCCGAGCAGGAAUCGAGAGCCAAGCUGGAGGAGGAUAUCACUGCCAUGCGCAAUUCCUACGACGUGAAGCUGUCCACCUUGGAAGAAAACCUCAGGAAGGAAGCAGAAGCUGCCCUUAAGGCUGAGGCCCUCGCUAAAGCCGAGAAGGUCUUAGAUGAGCCGUCAGCUCCACCAGCUCCGCCGUCUCCACCGGGCCCGUCAGCCCCAGUGGCUGAAGCGGAGCCGAAGCAAGCCAAGGACCAGGAGGAGCCCCAGGUGGCCCAGCACGUCGGGAGCGUGAAGAGAGCCGGCCCGGCCCCGGAGCCCGCCCCCGUGGCGGUGGACCAGCAGCAGGUGCUCGCCAGGUCAGUCCCGGACCUCGGAGACCCCCGCCGGACCCUCCUGAGGUUGCAGAUGCUGGAGCAGCAGGUGGUGGGAGGCGAACAGGCGAAGAACAAGGACCUGAAAGAGAAGCUCAAGAGCCGGAAGAGAUACGCGGAUGAGCGGAAAAAGCAACUGGUGGCGGCUUUGCAGAACUCGGAUGAAGACGGGGGAGAUUGGGUCCUUCUGAACGUCUACGAUUCCAUUCAGGAGGAAGUGAGGGCCAAGAGCAAACUCCUGGAGAAGAUGCAGAAGAAGCUGCGGGCCGCCGAGGUGGAAAUCAAAGACCUGCAGUCGGAGUUUGAGCUGGAGAAGAUCGAUUACCUGGCCACGAUCCGCCGGCAGGAGCGGGACUUCCUGCUCUUCCAGCAGCUCCUGGAGCAGAUGCAGCCCCUGAUUCGCCGGGACUGUAACUACAGCAACCUGGACAAGAUCAAGCGGGAAUCCUCCUGGGAUGAGGAGAAUGGCUUUUGGAAGGUCCCCGAACCAGUCAUCGUGAAAACCAGCCUCCCCGUAGCAGUUUCAACACUGCCACAGAGUAAGCCAGCCAGAAAGAGCUCUUCGGCGGAGAAUGGAGACUCGACAACGGAAGAAGACCGCUACCGGGUGAUGCUCAGCCGGAGCGACAGCGAAAAUAUCGCCAGUAACUACUUCCGAUCCAAACGGGCCAGCCAGAUCCUCUGCUCGGAUCCCAUGAAGAGCCUCGCGUUUCACAACUCGCCUCCUGGAUUAAACGCCCCCCUGAGCAACAGCCCCGCCAUCUUGGCGCCCAUCUCGCCCACCCAGGCGACGGACAUGCCCCAGCCCCGGCCCUUCCGCCUCGAGUCCCUGGAGAUCCCCUUCACUAAAGCCAAGCGCAAGAAGAGCAAAAAUAACUUCGGCAGCGAGCCCCUCUGAUGACCGCCGCCGUCCCGCCCGCCCUCGGACUCGUGGAAGGUGACGGUUUUCGGAAGACUGGCGAGGCCCCCGCCGUGGCACCUGCACAGCUGGAACUGGUGUUGAUCCUCACCCCUCCUACCCUCCCUCCCCGCGAGCGGCCAGCUCUGUGGGCUCUCUUCCUCAAUCACUACCGGCCCCACCGGGUAGAAAGCCCAGAGCCCGUGCUUGGCAGUCUUGGCUUUCAUUUGGGCUAUCCAUACCCACUAUCCAUAGCCCCAGAUACCAAUUUAUCCAUUGUACACCCUAGUUCCCUGUGCGGUCCCUCAGUAUUUAUUUCCUGGUUCACGUUUCACCCCCAACUUGAGUCUAGAUAGUACUGUCUCCUCCGGUCUCUUCCUUGUUGGUAUCCCGAGCCUUCCCCCGAGUCCCAAGCCUUCGAGAGGGUAUCCUGGGCCACGGUUGCUUUCCCCUUCGGUUAAGACGCGAAGGCCGUGAGGGAAACGGUGUGUCUUUCCCAUUUAUCGGCCAUCGAUUCCUCCCGAGAGCGAUCACGCAAGUGCGGAUUAACAGAAAAGACUCCUCUGCCUUAGUGUCGUCCCAAAGGGGCCCGUAACAGUUGUGAACCUAUUCAGACAACUGCCUGGUUUUGAGUGGCUUAGUUCUCUCUUACGCCGGGCGUGUUAUAUUAAAACGUCACAAUAAACUGCCUUUUCAUGACAAGCUCUCCUCA